GAAAGAGACAAACAACCAUUCAUUCCUAUGUAUCUGAUCGUCUCAAUCCUCUUAUAGACAUUUUAUGUCUGUGGGUGAAAACACCGAAAAAUGUUUGUUUUUUUGUGUCGAAUAGUGGACUUCAUAUCUUUUAUUGUGAAACCAUAAGCGCGGUGGUGGGUUGGUCAUUUUUGGGACUUGUUCUCGUAGAUCUGGUUGCUUGUUUGUCGCUCAGGAUCUGGCAACACUAGAUACUCAAAAAGUGAUUGUUAGCUCAGCUCAUACUCUAGCUUCACAUCUUAAAAGUAACAUUUACAUAAUUUCGUGGAUUAUUUAUCCUCACAGGUUUUGGUUUACUGGUUAAUAUCGUCAUAUUUACGCAAUCUUUGAAAUGGUUAUACAUUCCUACUGUUUAAAAUAGUUUAAAAGAAAAAGAGAAGAACUAUCUGCUCAUAUUGAUGUUGCCUUCAGAUACAGAGAUGGAAGGUUUCCCCGGUGUUACUUCAGGCGAUUCAACAAAACAACAAGAAAGACAUUACUACCUGUUAUCUCAACUGCAAACAUUGGUCAAAGAUUUACCAAGCUCCUUCCAGCAGCGUCUGUCCUACAACACACUAAGUGACCUGGCUCAAGCGCUCAUAGAUGGAACUGUGUAUGAGAUAGUUCAGGGGCUGUUGGACAUUCAGCAUCUGACAGAGAAGAACCUGUACAACCAGAGACAAAAACUGCACUGUGAACAUCAAGCGCUCAAACAGGACCUUGUACGAAAACACAAAGAUGCUUUGCAGAUGUGCCGGUCACACAACCUUGGGCUUCUCAAAUCAACUCACCAAACAGAACUAGAGACUUUGGAACUACGAGUGAGAGAGGAGCAAAAGAUGAUGGAUAAGAAGAUUGUAGCGGAAAUGGAUCAAAAAGUCAUUGACCAGCAGAAUACCCUGGAAAAGGCAGGCGUUCCUGGGUUUUAUAUCACCACCAAUCCUCAGGAACUGACUGUGCAGAUGAACCUGCUGGAACUGAUCCUUAAGCUUCAACAAAAGGAGUCCCAGUCAGGAAUAAUAUGAGAAGAAAGUCAAAGACACACAGGACUGGAACUGACACGGUGCUGUUAACGGACGACUGUCUGAAAUAAACUGCAGUUCACAUGGAACUGCUUUAAAAAAGAAAAACUGAAUGUUGAAUGCUCUGAUGUCAGAGGACAGUUCUCAAGUAUUUUAUUUAGAAGUACUGUAGAGGACGUCAAAAAAGAGCAACUUGCAUUAUUUUAACGCAAGCAGCAGUCAUGUGGUGAUUGUUUAUGUAUGUAAUUAUGGUACAUUUUUAAACUAAGUUCUUUACCAGAAAACACGCAGUUAAAGUAAACGUUCACUGUUAGUACUGAUCCAUGAUGUUUACUUUGUGCUAAUUAAGUAAAAGAGAGACGGGGUAAAUUCUGUUUGCGUAAAGCCGGUUGUGAACAGGCUUUUUGAAGAAUGUUUAUUUCAGGCAAAUACUGCAGUAUUAAGUAAGUAAUCAUCAUUCUUUACUUGUUGUUGCCCUGAUUAUACUGUCAUUAUAACACAGGUGAAACAUCUUUAGAAUAUCUUUGAAGCAUCCUUGUAUUUUGAGUAUUGGUAAAGGUUGAGUGUAUUCUAAUUAUUGUCACAAUCUGCAUGGAAAUUCAUUUGCAAUUAAUAAAUGACAAAUUCACAGUUGAA